AUGACCCUGCGUCUCACUUCUGCUCCUGUCUCUGGUAUUAAGAAACGUUCCUCUACUGCUCGCGCCCGCUCCUCGCCCUUUGCUGCCCAUGCCCGCCGCAAGCCCACCUCCAGCGGGGCCGGUGUGAAGCCUGCUGACUGGGGAGUCGAUGAACCCCUGCCGGACCAAGGCAGCUCACAAUUUAUCUCCAAGACAGCACCGGUCCAAAAUGUGGUGCAAGCCAUCCAGUAUAUCCGGACAGGCAUGUUCGACGAGCUGCCCACCCGAGCAGGCAUGAACAGCACCCGUAUCGCCGAAGUCCUCAACCUGCGCCGCUCGCUGCCACCCCUUGCCUCGGUGGCCCACGUGCAUACCCUCCUCGAUGCGCCGACUCAGGUCGAACGGGAGAUUGUGGAGUUGGUUCAGUCGGGUCGGGUCCGGCGCUUGAUUGUUCCUGGCCGUGGUGGUGACGCUGCGGGACUAGGCGAUUGCUUGGUUCUGGCCGAGGACUGGGAGGAGCUGGUACAGGGGAACUCUGCGUUGGGUGCCUCAGUCAAGGAGAAAUUCGUUGAUAUCCUCAAUCGCAUCGGCACUAGCUCCGCCAUCUCGCAGAGCGUCUUUACGCCAGACGAGUAUAGGGCGCUGAUACGCGCCGGGUUCCUGGUGUCCUCGUCGUCAUUCACACAAGGCUCGUUGAGCAUCGCAUCUCUACCCAAUUUGCCCAAAACCACGUCGAGUCCAUCCCCCAGCCGAAGCGAGUCAAUCCCUGUCACAGGCAAACCCGUACAAUCCGACGCCCAGGCUCGCGCCGCAACCCUGUUCUUGUCUCUUCCCAACACUGGCACCUAUCUCCGCCUGCUAGGGGCGGGUCGCGCACACCUGCUGACACUCCUACAGCGGUCCAGCUCAGCGGAAGCACCACUGAGUCUGUUGAAAGACCGGUGGGAUGGCGCCGUGGAGACUGAGAAAAGUUUCCACAUGGCGAAGAGAGCGCGAGGAGAAUUUGCGGGGGUCUUGCCGGGCAAGACGAAGAAGUGGAAAGAGUUGUACGGGAUGCAGUUUCGCUGGGUGCUGGAAGAAGCCCUGGGCGCGGGACUGGUCGAGAUCUUCGAGACUGGCAGUGUGGGACCGGGGGUGCGCUGCUUAUAG